GAUCUCCUCCUUCUCUGUGUGAGGCAACGUACUCUCUCUCUCUCUCUCUCUCUCUCUCUCUCUUUUGCUGAGAACGACGUCCUCCCGUAGCAGGUCGGAGAUCCAGUGGGACAAGAGGCCGAGAUGCGUCCAUCGGCCGGAUCCGUGUCCUUCUCAGCGCUUCUCCUUCUCCUUAUUCUCGGCAACUGUGCUCCUUCGUUCGCCUCCGAGUCGGAUCACAAGUAUCAAUCAGAUGAACCAGUGACGCUUUGGGUAAACAAGGUUGGACCUUAUAAUAAUCCUCAAGAAACAUACAACUACUAUAGUCUUCCAUUUUGCCAACCUGCUGGUAAUUCUGCACACAAAUGGGGUGGUCUUGGUGAGGUUCUUGGUGGAAAUGAACUUAUUGACAGCCAGAUCGACAUAAAGUUUAGAAAGAAUGUUGAUCAGACACCAAUUUGUGAACUUGAGCUCGAUGCUGCAAAAGUGAAGCAGUUUAAAGAAGCAAUAGAGAAUAGUUAUUGGUUUGAGUUUUUCAUGGAUGACUUGCCUUUAUGGGGCUUUGUUGGUGAGCUUCAUUCUGAUAGAAGCAAUGACAAUAGGCAUAUGCUUUGGACACACAAGAGUAUUUUGGUUCAAUAUAAUGGUGAUCAGAUUAUUCAUGUAAAUCUUACACAAGAAAGUCCUAAAUCUCUGGAAGCUGGAAAGACAUUGGAACUCACCUAUUCAGUCAAAUGGGUCUCCACCAAUGUUACCUUUGCACAUCGUUUUGAUGUUUACCUGGAUUAUCCUUUCUUUGAGCAUCAGAUUCAUUGGUUUUCCAUUUUCAAUUCUUUCAUGAUGGUCAUUUUCCUCACUGGUUUAGUCUCCAUGAUAUUAAUGCGGACUCUCAGAAAUGACUAUGCCAAGUAUGCUCGAGAAGAUGAUGAUCUAGAAACUUUGGAAAGGGAUGUAAGUGAAGAAUCUGGAUGGAAGCUGGUGCAUGGUGAUGUUUUCAGGCCUGCUCGUAAUUUGGUUUUGCUUUCAGCACUUGUGGGUACUGGUGCACAGCUUGCAAUGCUGGUUCUUCUUGUCAUCUUGUUGGCUAUUAUUGGCAUGUUGUAUAUAGGGAGAGGAGCUAUUGUCACCACAUUUAUUGUUUGUUAUGCACUGACCUCUUUCAUUGCUGGUUACGUAAGUGGAGGGCUUUAUUCACGAAAUGGUGGAAAAAGUUGGAUCAAAUCAAUGAUUCUCACAGCUUCACUUUUCCCAUUCCUGUGCUGUGGAAUUGGUUUCAUCCUCAACACAAUUGCUAUAUUCUAUGGUUCCUUGGCUGCUAUUCCCUUUGGAACGAUGGUAGUUGUGUUUAUCAUCUGGGCUUUCAUUUCAUUUCCUCUUGCUCUUCUUGGUACGGUUGUUGGUAGAAACUGGAGUGGGGCCCCAAAUAACCCAUGCCGUGUCAAGACCAUUCCCCGUCCCAUUCCUGAAAAGAAAUGGUAUCUAACACCUUCGGUUGUUUCUCUUAUGGGUGGCCUUCUUCCUUUUGGAAGCAUAUUCAUUGAGAUGUACUUUGUAUUCACAUCCUUCUGGAAUUACAAGGUGUACUACGUGUAUGGUUUCAUGCUGCUGGUAUUCCUGAUCCUUGUUAUUGUGACUGUCUGUGUCACAAUCGUGGGCACAUAUUUCUUGUUAAAUGCUGAAAACUAUCAUUGGCAAUGGACGUCAUUCUUCUCUGCAGCAUCAACGGCUGUCUAUGUUUACCUGUACUCCAUAUAUUACUAUUAUGUUAAAACGAAGAUGUCAGGCUUCUUCCAGACCAGCUUCUAUUUUGGCUACACGCUCAUGUUUUGUCUUGGUCUGGGGAUCCUUUGUGGGGCUGUUGGCUAUCUUGGGUCAACCUUGUUUGUGAGGAGGAUCUACAGGAACAUCAAGUGUGACUAGGUCAUGGCUGAGAAAGGAUCCAGGUUGUGAUUUCUGUGGAAGAAAAGAGGUGAACUUGUGUGCGGACUGUCAUUCAUUUGGUACUUGAACAUCUAAGCGUUUCGCUGCUUCAGGAAUCUCAGGAUUUUGGAAGAUUAUGCUAGUCUCUGAGAGAAUUUUCUGAGCUGCGGUGCAUGAAAUUUUCACUGUUCACUGCUAAUGGCAAAUCUCUCUCCCCCACCUCUCUCUCUCUCUCCCUCUGGGCGGUAGGGAUGUGGCCUCAAUCGAAGCAAAACUACCUAUUUUUGCCUUUAUGUAGUGAUAGGGUUUUUCUUUGACUGUUUGUAAUCUUAGGUUACAAAUGUAUCACACAUUUUUGUGCUUCCAUUGAAGUUGACAUCAUGAGAAACAUUAUUAAUCUUAAUUAUGCAAAGUGAUGGUUCUUAUGUUCA